UGCGGAUACAUAUAGAAUUACGUGGAAAACCAUAUUCGAUAAAAAUUAUAUGUACGGCUUGGAGGGAGAUCUUUCUUUCAUAUUUUUCGAGACUCACCUUACAAUAUGAGAUUAAAAAGUCAAAAUAAAUUAUUUUAGCCCUCAUAAAUAGAAAACUAAUUCUUAAAUCCCUUUCACACUCAUGUCACGUCGUAUCACAAUGUGAUAAAAAAAUCAAUAAAAAAGAUCCUAUGCCGGAUUAAUCGUAUUCUGGGCUGGAGCAAUGAACCUAAGCUUCAGUCAUCAUGUAUUGAACAGAAGCAAAAGCCUCAGUAACAAUUGGACGGUAGUAAAAAGUCAUAGCAAACCCCGUAGCUGCUUGUACUAAAAAACAAGUGAGCGUAACUCCUCCUAGAUAAUAAAAUAUAUUGACAUGGGGAGGAAGCAUAAUGGUUAAAUUUGUAAAAAGCAAAAAGCACAGGAGAUUCGGUAAUGUAAACCUCCAAUCAUGAACCUCCAGCACACCUCGAUUUAAAAGGAAUAUAUUGAAUUUAUAUGUAGAGAAUUUUGGAUAUUUAUUACCUGAUUUGGAAUUUCCAAUACACUUAGUUGAUCCGUAAAACUCGACCGAAGUAAAUUGAUUUUGUGCAAUUGAUGACGGUUUGAUAUCGUUGACAAUGAGAGACCGUACUGCUUUGCGUAGGUUUUUCGCCAUUCUUUUUUUGAGUGUUUUUUCAUAAUUACUGGGUGUCCUUAUUGAAUUCCACUUUUUGUGCUGCUCUUUGUUAUGCUUUUUCAUAAGAAAAUUCUCUUGAACGCGGCAGAUCCGGUGUGAACGGGAUGCUUAGACGGGGAAAGGGAUUAGGCUGCAUCUGAAGAGGAAAAUUUAUAAAAGGUCUAAAGAAAAUGAGGUUUUAAUGAAUUGGAUUCAAAAGGCUCCAAAAAAACUGAAAUCCCUAAUCAGAACUGAACACUUUAAGAAGUAAAUCUGAUUUUGAUUUUGUGCAAUUGAUAACGGUUUGAUAAAGAAUUCCAAAAUAAUCUGUUGAUAAUUAUAUAAUCAAAUAUAAUUAAUUUUGGAAGAUUUUCAAGAGAUUUUAUUGAUAAUUUUGUAAUGGAAAAUAAUAAAAUAAAAAACUUUAACUCAAAAAAUUUGAGAAUAUCUCAUUCAGAAACGGAACGUUUCGAGGGCAUUUGGCUCGGUUCGCCUUGUAUCUAUGUAUAAAAGAUGAUGUAGUGAUGAGUUUUAAUUCUUUUUUAUUUGGAGAUUGGAGUUAUUGAUAGUUGGACAUUUUUGGGUGGUAGAAAAAUCAGCGAUGUGGACUGUGUCCCCUAAUCAUCUAAAAUCUAAUUACGCCUGGCCCCACUCGACCUUUAUAUUUGUCGUUUGCUUUCCGUUUGGUUUACUUAUAAUCAUGAUUUUAAUUUUAAAAUUUAUUUAUUAAAUAAUAAAAAUAUACAUUUUUCAAAUUAAAUUUAUAAUAUUAUCUCUUUUUUUUUACAAUUAAAAUUAAAAUUAAAAUUAUUUUAAUUUUGAAACCAAACACCCCUUAAUUUUCCUAAAGAAUUGAUGAGUGACUCACACCCGCCCACAACCUUUUCCCCAAUACCAUUACUACGACAGUGUGAAUGCAUGGGAAAGAAAAAGAAAAUAAUAAUAAUAAUAAUGUGGGUUUGAUCUCUAAAGCUGCCGUGUGAAAAGAAAAGAAAAGAAAAGAAAAGAGAAAAAAGGGGACCACUCUGCUUUGUAUUGUGAAAAACGGGCGUAUGUGAAAAGAAUCUUCUUUCAAAUUAUGUCAUCGUCUGCCUUCUUCAUCGGCAACGACCUCGAUAGUCCUCGUCCCAACACCAGCGUGUUAUCAACGAGCUCACCUCUGUCUUAUCUUCUGGGAUCCGGAGACCAGCACGCUUGACUCUAUCGCUAGCUCCUCCUCAGUAGCGGCGGCUCGCCACCGUGCCCCUCCUCCCAAGCGUGAUAAUACUCAAAGUCAAAAGACCCAAAUGGCGGAUAUCGCGAACGCUGUGUUUGGCGCUUGCCUCACGUGCUGGGAUCGCACGGCGAAUUACAGAAGGUACAUCAAGAGUCUCGGUGACAAUUUGACUACCCUCGAGAGCAAGAUCGGAGAGCUGGGCCAUGUCUAUGAUGACGUGGACCGACUGGUCUCAACAGCUGAAGAAGGAGAUCGAUGGAUCCGAAAGCACGACGUGGCUGGCUGGUUGCACAGGGUGGAAACCCAUAGGGAGAAGGCCGAAGAGAUUCUGGUCAAGGGGAAGGAUAUGAUGGGAACGAAUUGCCUGUGCGGACUCUGUCUCAGCAACUGCCGCUCACGUUACAAGCAGUCGAAGCUUGCCGAGGCAAAGGGAGUCGAGAUAGAGACUGCGCUGGUCGAAGGCCGUAACUUCAAGGUCAAGGAAGAUGUUGCCUACGAGCCUGCUGAUCCCCCGAUGUUUGAGAUACCUCUCGAGCCGCCAGUGGGCUUAGAUUCCAGCUUUGAGGAGGUAUGGAAGUGGGUUCAAGAUGACAGCGUGAGACGUAUAGGGAUAUAUGGCAUGGGCGGUGUGGGAAAGACCACCCUCCUAAAGAAAAUCCACAAUGAAUUCCUGGGAAUUCGGAAUGAUUAUGAUGUUGUUGCUUGGGUUGUGGUGUCCCAACCAAUUGAUCCUACAAAAAUUCAGAAAGCCAUCUGGGAUAAAUUGAAUCUCCCUAAAUCGGAAUGGGAUCGCACCAGUGAAUUCGAUAGAGCUCCCAAGAUAUUGAACAUCAUGAAGAGAAAGAGUUUUCUGCUCUUUUUGGAUGACGUAUGGGACGAAAUAAAUCUCUUGAAUAUUGGCAUCCCUUAUCGCGGUCAUCAACGGCAGUCAAAGAUCAUCUUCACAACCCGAUCAGGGGAAGUAUGUGGUCUAAUGCAAGCUGAGAGGACAAAGAAGAUUGGUUGUUUGCCACGAGAUAAAGCCCUCGAACUAUUCCGAGAGAAGGUGGGUGAAGAAACUUGGACCGCCCAUGUUGAAAUCCCAAGGCUUGCCGAAUCUCUAGUUAAAGAGUGCUCGUACUUGCCGCUUGCUCUUAUUACUGUAGGGGCAGCUAUGGCCGGUAAGAAGCAUCCCGAUGAGUGGGGACGAGCUAUUAAAUAUUUGGAGAAUCGCCCAUCAGACUUUACAAGAAUGACAGAAAGGGUGCUCUCCGUGCUAGAAUUUAGCUAUGAUGCUUUGCCAAAUGAAACGCAGAAGAAGUGCUUCUUGUAUUGUUCAAUAUUCCCAGAGGAUUAUGUAUUUGAUGUGGAUGAGUUGAUUGAUCUAUGGAUGGGGGAGGGCUUUCUCAGCGAAUGUGAAUGUUCACAUGAAGCACGUGAUUGGGGAAUCGAUAUAAUCAGAUACCUCAUACGUGUUUGUUUGUUGGAGGUAGUUGACGAGGGUAUUGGCGAAGAUUUUAAAAUGCAUGAUGUAGUUCGAGAUAUGGCUUUAUGGUUGGUAUCUGAGCAUGGGCAGAAGAAGAAUAAGAUAGUAUGUUUGGAAAAGCAGAGGUCCUUUGAGCCGAAGGAAUUUAUGAAGUGGACUAAUGCAGAAACAAUUUAUCUCCAGCUUGGGUAUCAAAAGAUGGAAAACUUCGCUGUAACACUCCCGGCUUUUUCCAGUCUAUCUACUCUGAUAAUACGAGGAACCAGCAUGAAUACAUUUCCGAAAGGAUUCUUUUCUUCCAUGCCAUUGUUGAGAGUGCUGGAUUUGUCAUCCAAUAGUGACUUGGAAGAUUUACCUAAUGAUAUUGGAGCACUAGUAAAUUUGACGUACCUUGAUUUGCGGUGGACAAGUAUAAUCAAGCUGCCUGUGGAGCUGAAGACACUGACAAAGUUGGUGUUUCUGCUUUUAGAUGAUAAAUGUGAUGUUCCGAGGGGACUGAUCCCAAGUCUUCCAUCCUUAAGAGUGCUUUGGAUGUCUCGUCCACAAAUAGAUGAUGAGGGAGAAGAGCUCAAUGUGAUUGAGGAGCUGAUGAAUGGCAUGAACAACCAAAUAGAUGAUGUUUCCUUGCAUUUAAUGGUUGCCGCUGAUGUCCAAAAGUUACUCACGGACUGUCCUCACUUGCAGAGGUGCUUAAGACAACUCGAUCUUACAGAGUGUGAGGGUUUGCGGUCACUUAUAAUCCCGAAGCCAUCAUUGAGGAGAAUGGAGAAUCUGAGAGCUCUAAGGAUUUGGGAGUGUGGAUUGGAGGAGAUAAGCGUAGUCAAGGGAGAAUCAUACUGUUGCGGCGGUGAGACUGGAAGAAGUGAUGGAUCUGGAUCUCCUCCUCAUCCUCUUCCUUCUUCUUAUUAUCCAGAACUAACUUCAACUUCAAGUUGCCUGGAAAGUCAUAACUGCUUCCGUAGCCUCAAAAAGAUAGUCAUCGGGGAUUGUGAUAGCUUAAAAGAAGUGACAGCUGUAAUUUAUCAUGCUCCCAGCCUUACCUACCUCGCAAUCGAGCACUGUGACGCGAUGCGGGAACUGAUAAGUGGGGAUGUUGAAGAUUCCCGCGUGGUCAGAACGCUCUCAUGCCUCAUCCACCUUCAGUUAACAAAUCUUCCGGAAUUGGAGAGCAUCUGCAAGAGAGGUCUGCCCUUUCCUUCGCUGAAAUCAUUACUGGUUAUGGAGUGCCCAAAACUGAAGAAGCUCCCACUGGAUAGCAAGAGCAGAGCCGGGGCAAGACAAUUAAGCCGAAUUGAAGGAGGAGAGAAGUGGUGGGAUGGGUUGCGGUGGGAUGAUCCCGAGACCAAGCAAUACUUCUCUACCAAGUUUGUCGGCCGUUGAUUCCUUUUCCGAAUAAAAUUUCUUUCUCAUGGUCAUCCAUCCAUCCAUACAUAUCUAUGCAAGAGGGCCCAUGAAUGAUGACACGCACACGGCUUCUUAAAAUUUUAGUAUUGUGAUAUAAUUUUGCGAGAAACCAACAAAAGAGUUUGUUGUUUUUUAUAUAUAGA